AUUUUCCUCCUCCACCAAUCCUCCACCGCGCUCUAUGCAGCCUUUCAAUGCGAAGCUAGUUGCUGCAGCUUCAGGCUCUACCAUGACAGCCUUGACUAUGACCCCGUUCGACGUGGUGAAGACGAGGCUUCAAACACAACGGCCUGCUCCAGAACCUCUGUUUCCUCGACCGCCUCCUAAUAUGUGCUGUAGGCCAGGUCAGCUUCAAUGUGUUCGAAAUAUGUCUUCGUAUGCACGUACACUCGCCGGGGAAGAAUUUGUUUGCGUCUGGGAGAAUGGUGUCUUCAAAACCGAGAGGGUGAACGGGUUUUUGGAUGCCAUUCGCCAUGUGGUCCGUGCGGAAGGUGUCCGUGGGCUAUGGAAGGGUGCUGGAACAACAUUAGUGAUCGGUGUACCGUCUUCAACGAGUUACAUGCUCACCUAUGACCACCUCUUGAAUGUCACCUUACCUCCCCUCCUUCCUUCUUCAUUAGUCCCACUAACCUCUGGUAUGCUCGCUCGGACCGCAAUCUCCACGAUUAUAUCACCAUUAGAGCUGAUACGUACCAAUCUUCAGUCAACGCCGAUAUCCGCCGAGACCCCCCACACACUCCGCUCAGUCCUCGUAUCCAUAGGUGGGCUGGCCAGAUCACAAGGCUUUGCCUCACUUUGGAGAGGCCUCGGGCCUACGCUAUGGCGGGAUGUGCCCUUCUCUGGUAUUUAUUGGGCCAGUUACGAGUCUUGCAAGAAGACUUUUGCCAGAUUUAGAGCAGAAGGAGCAUGGGUAGCGUUCGUCAGUGGUGCAGUGAGCGGAACAUCUGCUGCAUUAAUAACAUCUCCGCUGGAUGUUGUCAAGACACGCCGCCAAGCUCUGGUGAUGUCCCCGGCGGACACUCAUACAUCUUCCCUCCAACUGAUAAAACAAAUCUUACGGACUGAAGGCGCUCCUGCCUUAUUUGUUGGUCUCACACCUCGGAUAGCAAAAAUUGCGCCUGCUUGUGGAAUCAUGAUUGCUUGCUUUGAAGGCAUUGGGAAGUUUCUGUCAAGAACUUGAGACGCCUGUCAAGGAUUCGUCGUUCGAGAUUCAGUUCCUAUAGAAUUUAUAGACCCACCAUCCCAAGUUCCUUAUACACGUGAUAAUGUACCAAUGGAUAAUCUAUGUAGCACUAUUAUAAUAGAUACAGCUAUUAUGGUUUGUGGAUUUCCUAUCGUUUGAGAUCCUGUAAAGUCCAUUGAAAAUCGUAAGUCUUCCAUGUAUGUUCACUACCCUAGCCUGUUCAACUGCUUAUUAGCGGCUGAAAGUUUGCCCCCAGUUCGGUCCACUUCGUUGGAGAGGUCAUCCAGCAAUUGGAUCUGUGUGCCGAUUUCGGCAGAUAUGGCCUCCCCGAGGUGCUGUUGGCGACGAAGUAUAGUCGUGAGUUGGGAGAGCUGCCCCUCUUGCUGCUGCAUCUGGGUCUGUUGUAGUGAGAAGACGCCAUGGUUAUCUAGAGGACGCGUUUCCUCCGUUUCCUCUGGUUUGACCGGUGCUCCAAACACCCGCGUGACGCGAGUAAACGCAUUGCCUCCAAGAAGGGCCUCUCGAUCAGAGGCCGCCGGAGCAGUGGUCGCAAAGGCAACAGAGUUCCGAUUUGUCUGUUGCUGCCGAGCCACCGAAACCAUCUUUCCCAACUUCUCACAUUCAUCCUGCAGUCGUGCGACCAUAUCUGUCCGUCUUUGCAACUCUCCUUCACUCAACCCCAUCAUGGCAAGCUCCCGUAAGCCCGUUCCCAGAAUCCCUAUGCGAGAUAAAACACCAGCUAGCUUUUGCUUGGCAGCAACAUUGGAUUUGUGAGAUGCGUUGAUAUCUCCUUGGUCUGACAGGGCCUCUCGUUUGUUGAUGUCUGCACGAACAUCACGCAAACGAUUCUGAAUCUCCUGUUGUUCUUCCAGCCAUGAAGUAGAGCUGAAUUGAGUCGGGGGGCCACCAAUAACUCCUGCCUGCUUGCCGAUCGGGAUGCCAAGGAAGUCUUUGAAUGCAAAGGUUUCCCGCCAUAUAUCAUCCUUAGCACUGACAAUGGCUCUGAGAUAAAACUCGAGUCCAACCUUGCGUUCUUCGAGUAACUGGGGGUCUGAAUGGGAACGAAAUAAGGAGAACUUGUGUUUGGGAGGUAGGGGAGCUGGGGGAGGUGCACCGGUAGCUUUCGUUAGCUCGACAUUGAGAUCGUCGAACUCUGAAUAGCGUCGCCACAUAGUCCAUGAACGUACAUUGGCCUGUAUCUGGAUUCGAUAAACGGUGUGAGGCUUUGGUUUUGGACGUUCUUGGUAGUCGAUGAUGUGAACUGCUUGAAUCGCGCUCAUGAUGUUUGAACUGAGCUCAAUUU